AUGUCAUCCGAGGUCGAGUCUACCUUGGUCUCACCGGCGCCCAAGGGUGUAGGCAGUAAACGACUACCCCACAUCGUGAUCCUCGGCCACCAUGAUGUUGAAGAGAUAGAGGCGGCGUUGCGGAGCUUCAAUGAUCGCGGGCUCGAUGCAGACACCGUGACGCGUGACACCUUUUCUCUGCCCACAAUUCAGGCUCAGCUCGCCCGUGCCUCCCAAGACAUCCACCAUGGUUGCGGUGUCGCGAUCAUCAGAGGCCUGGAUCCUGCGAAAUACACUGCCGAGGAUAAUGUGACAGUUUUUCUCGGAAUCUCCAGUCAUAUCGGCGAGCUGAGGGGUGUCCAGGACAAGAAGGGUUCCAUGCUGACCCACGUCACAGCUUCCAAAGUCUGGACCACACCUCCCGCCAUGCGUCAUGGGAUCCACACUACCACCGGCUUGGCUUGGCAUUGUGACAUGGGAGCCGAAAUUCUUGCGCUUCAUCUUCGGUCGCAGGCCCAGACCGGUGGGGACACCUUCGUAGCCUCAUCAUGGGAUGUCUACAAAGAACUCCUCGAGUCAUACCCGGACGCUCUUGCCGCGCUCUGCGACCCUAGCUGGCCCAUACAAGUGUCUGGCGACCCUCCUCGGCACAUUGUCGCACCUCUCCUGCAUGUGUACGAGGAUGACAAGAUCCUCGUCAGUGUUGAUCCCGGACGUCUUGGCCUCCAUCCCACAACGGCUAAGGCUGGGAUCGAGUCUGACAUUCCUGCGCUAAGCCCGUUGCAACUUGAGUCCCUAGACAUUCUCUCCAGUUUGGCAUCGAAACACAAGUCUCAUUUGGACUUGAAAGCCGGUGAUAUGGUGUUCAUUAACAACCUCGGUUUCCUUCACGCCCGCGACUCAUACGUCGACCCCGAGGCAGGGCCUGGGCGUCAUCUCGUCCGUCUCUGGCUACGGAGCCCAAAGCUGGCCUGGUCCAUUCCCAAGUCAAUGCGGGUGCCCUGGGAAGCUGCGUAUGGCCCCGACGGCAAUGGCUUCCCCGAGCUCAAGAAGCAAUACCAGGUCAAGCCAUCGGCUUUGUAUGAGCCGCCCAAAUACACCGCCGGCUCGGCUGCUUUCAUGCUUGAGGACAACCAAGACGUCAACGCCAGUGGCUUCUCCUAA